GGAGAGGGCCAGACGGCGCUGCAUAUAGCUUCAGCCGAAGGAGACGAAACGUUAGUGAAGUAUUUCUAUGGAGUUCGAGCGAACGCUUCCAUUGUGGACAAUCAGGAUCGAACUCCUAUGCAUUUGGCAGCAGAGUAUGGACAUGCUACGAUAAUUGAACUUCUGGCUGACAAGUACAAGGCAUCAAUCUUUGAACGUACAAAAGAUGGCAGCACACUCAUGCAUAUCGCAUCCCUCAACGGGCAUGCUGAAUGUGCGAUGAUGUUGUUCAAGAAAGGAGUCUAUUUACACAUGCCGAAUAAGGGAGGUGCGCGAAGCAUCCAUACGGCUGCACGGUAUGGUCAUGUUGGUAUCAUCAACACGCUUCUUCAGAAAGGGGAGAAGGUUGACGUCACUACCAAUGACAACUACACAGCACUCCACAUUGCAGUUGAGUCAGCCAAGCCAACUGUGGUAGAGACUCUGCUAGGGUAUGGAGCUGAUGUUCAUGUAAAAGGAGGAAAACUGCUGGAAACACCACUGCAUAUUGCUGCACGUGUGAAAAAUGGGGACCGGUGUGCCCUCAUGCUUCUUAAAUCUGGUGCGGGACCCAAUAUUAAGACAGAUGAUGGUCAGACACCUGUCCAUGUUGCUGCAAAGCAUGGAAAUUUAACAACCCUGAUGCUCCUCAUGGAUGAUGGUGGAGACCCACUUUGCAAAUCAAAGACUGGAGAAACCCCAUUGCAUCUAGCAUGUCGUAGUUGCCGUCCAGAUGUUGUUUCUCAUCUGAUCACAUUCGUCCGUGAGAAGAAAGGUCCUGAGGUAGCAAAGAACUAUGUGAAUGCUGUGAAUGAUGAGGGGGCAGGGGCACUCCAUUAUGCAGCUCAGAUCACUAAGGAUGAAGUGGAAGAGCCCUUGAGUGACAAGGGAGUGAUGAAGCUUCUGCUAGAUGAAGGGGCCGAUGUGAAUCAGGCAACUAAGCAGACACAGGAGACACCCUUCCACUAUGUAGCCCUUGCAGGCAAUAAUGAUGUGCUGUUGGAGAUGCUGUCCCAUCUGAGCCAGACUGAUGUCCAGAAGGCCCUGAACAGGCAAAAUUCAGUGGGUUGGACACCCUUGUUAAUUGCCUGUCACUCUGGGCACAUGGAGAUGGUGAACACUUUACUUAAUAACCAUGCAAGAGUUGAUGUGUUUGACCAUGAGGGCCGAUCAGCCCUCCAUCUUGCUGCUGAUAGAGGGUACCUUCAGGUGUGUGAUGCCCUGCUUACUCACAAGGCAUUCAUCAACAGUAAGUCUAGAGUUGGACGCACAGCACUUCAUCUUGCAGCUCUCAAUGGCUAUGCCCACUUGGUCAGGUUCCUAGUCCAAGACCACAAUGCAGCGAUAGAUGUGCUGACUCUGAAGAAACAGACACCACUACAUCUAGCGUCUGGAGCAGGGCAGUUGGAAGUAUGCCGGUUGCUGUUGGAGCUGGGUGCAGAUAUUGAUGCCACAGAUGACAGUGGUCAGAAACCCAUUCAUGCUGCAGCCAUGAAUAACUAUGCUGAAGUUGCUCAACUAUUUCUCCAGCAACAUCCCUCCCUUGUCAUGGCUUGCACCAAGGAUGGAAACUCGUGUGCACAUAUUGCAGCAAUGCAGGGUUCUAUACGUGUGAUUGAGGAACUCAUGAAAUUUGACAGACAAGGUGUGAUAUCAGCUCGGAACCGCAUAACGGAGGCCACUCCUCUUCAACUGGCUGCUGAGGGUGGUCAUGCUGAUGUGGUGAAGGCUCUUGUCCGUGCUGGUGCUUCAUGUACAGAUGAAAAUAAGGCAGGAUUCACAGCACUACAUCUGGCUGCACAAAAUGGCCAUGGUCAAGUUCUAGAGGUGAUGCGAUCUACACAGUCACUGCGCAUCUCCAGCAAGAAGCUUGGUGUUACAGCUCUCCAUGUUGCUGCCUAUUUUGGACAAGCUGAUACUGUACGAGAGUUGCUUCAAUAUGUCCCUGCCACUGUGAAGUCUGAUCCCCCAUCUGGAACCAGUUUAGUGGGAGAGCUUGGAAAUGAAUCAGGCAUGACACCUCUUCACCUGGCUUCCUAUUCAGGCAAUGAAAAUGUUGUCCGUUUGCUGCUAAAUUCUGCUGGUGUUCAAGUGGAAGCAGCCACCACUGAAAAUGGUUACAACCCUCUACAUUUAGCAUGCUUUGGUGGCCACAUAACUGUUGUUGGUCUACUUCUGAGUCGAUCUGCAGAACUGCUUCAGAGUGGAGACAAGCAUGGCAAGACUGGACUUCACAUAGCUGCUCAACAUGGCCGCUACCAGAUGUGUGAGGUGCUAUUAGGUCAGGGUGCAGAGAUAAAUGCGACUGACAAGAAUGGUUGGACAUCACUGCAUUGUGCUGCAAGAGCAGGUUUUUUAGAUGUGGUGAAGUUAUUGGUGGAAUCUGGAGCAUCUCCUAAAGCAGAAACCAACUUUGGCAGUGCCCCAAUUUGGUUUGCUGCUUCUGAGGGCCAUAAUGAAGUACUCAAGUACCUCAUGGGAAAGGAGCAUGAUACCUAUAGCCUUAUGGAAGACAAGAGGUUUGUUUACAACCUGAUGGUGGUCAGCAAGGCACACAAUAACAGGCCAAUUGAGGACUUCAUUCUUGUUUCUCCUGCACCUGUGGAUACUGCAGCAAAGCUGUCCAACAUAUAUAUGGUCCUCUCAACAAAAGAGAAGGAACGAGCCAAAGAUCUCAUAGCUGCAGGGAAGCAAUGUGAGACAAUGGCAACAGAAUUGCUGGCUCUAGCAGCAGGUGCUGACUCAGCAGGGCGAAUCCUCACGGCCACAGAUCGUAGAAAUGUAGAAUUCUUGGACAUUCUCAUUGAGAAUGAGCAGAAGGAGGUCAUUGCACACACUGUGGUGCAGAGAUACUUACAGGAACUUUGGCAAGGUAACUUGAAUUGGGCUGCGUGGCGGACAAUGCUUCUCUUCUUUGCAUUCAUCUUCUGUCCCCCAGUGUGGGUGACAUUUACGCUUCCACUUGGUCACAAGUACUACAAGGUUCCCAUCAUAAAGUUUAUGUCAUACCUCACUUCACACAUAUACCUCAUGGUGUUCCUCAUGCUCACUGGUGUCACUCCUGUCUACCCCACCGUACGGCCAAAGCUGCUGCCUUACUGGUAUGAAUAUGUGCUCCUCAUAUGGUUGUCAGGCUUGCUACUGUUUGAACUGACAAAUCCUAGUGACAAGACAGGUCUUGGCUGGAUCAAACUGUGUGUACUUCUCUUUGGGGUGUUUGGAGUUGGUAUCCAUAGCUUUGCAAUGACUGGUAUUCUGGAAAAAAAAUAUUGGCCUACAGUGAUGUAUGUGCGCAACCAAAUGUUUUCCAUGUCGUUCCUAUUUGCCUGUGUGCAGAUCCUUGACUUUCUCUCAUUUCAUCAUUUGUUUGGUCCAUGGGCCAUCAUCAUUGGCAACCUGAUGAAGGACCUGGCACGAUUUUUGGCUGUCCUUGCCAUCUUUGUGUUUGGCUUCUCCAUGAACAUGGUCUCACUGAAUCAGCCAUUUCAACCACCCUCAAAAGUUGGACCAAAAGUAGACAAGUCAAGGGUCUCAGCAACCUUCAGUGAAGUACUUUACACACCAUUGGAGGCAUUUGAACACCUGUUCUUUGCUGUGUUUGGUAUGUCAAGUGUGAAAGAUGUGCAGAAAUCAGGCUCAAGACCGCAGUGGACAGAAUACCUUUUCAAAAUCAUGUUUAUGGUAUACAUGUCAGUGUCAGUGGUUGUCCUUAUUAAUCUACUGAUUGCCAUGAUGAGCGAUACUUACCAGCGAAUCCAGGCACAGUCAGAUAUCGAAUGGAAGUAUGGUCUGGCCAAACUGAUCCGCAACAUGCAUCGCACCACCACUACCCCUUCUCCCCUCAAUCUCAUGACUUCUUGGUUCAUGUACCUGCUACAGCUCUGCAAACAGAAGGUGGCUCAGAGGAAGAGACCAAGUCUUGUGCAAAUGAUGGGCCUGCAGAGACAGCGAAUGAGUGCAAGAACCAAGAUGGGAGCCAAAUGGCUUCAAAAGGUUAAGAAAGGGCAAGUAGCACCCAAAGUUGGGGAGAGAGCGGAAAAGUACAGGAAACCGCCAGAAUCAGAUUCUACAGGACUUAGUGUGGUCCACCUGAGUCCAUUAGGCUCUCAGCUUAGUUUUAGCAACAGUUUGACUCGUAUUGAGAAUGUUACUGAUUGGGACUCCAUUGCCAAGAAGUAUCGGGCACUGAUGGGCGAGGCAACUGAGACAAGCCAGCAGUCUGCAGAUGAUGAGGAGGAAGCUGCUAAUACACUAGCUGAAUCCAACAAUAACAUCACUUAAACAGAAAUCAUUAUAUGAGGUGAUAAGGAACAGAUUGGUGUGAAUUAGAUGCAGAAGACAGGGCUGACUACUUAAUUUACCCAUCUUUGCUAUCUUUAUUUGUGUAUUAAUGGUACAUUGUGAACAAUAGCAAAAGUUAUGGCCUGUACUGGGAAUUAUGUAUUCAUCAAACAGGAAAAACAGUUGUAGCGCAACAGAGGGGUAUGCGAGAGAUGGAUCUGUGACUGUGUGUGUACACAUUAAUAGUAUCUAGUACUUCCAAGGAAACAUUCUCUUCCUGUUAUGUACAGUUUAUACACAGAAAACAAUACAAUUCAUUUCUCUCUUAUGUGUACAGCUUAUUUUAAUUAAACAGAUAUAUUAAUAUGAAUGUCAGAAUAUAUUCAAUAAAGAAACUACAUAUCUUUUUACCAUAACAUAGACCACAGCUUCUUUCUACCAAAUCCUUCCAAUUUCCAGAUUCAUCAU